CAGCGGCGAUACCGGCGACAGCGGCGACAGCGCCCACCGCGCAGCGCCGCCCGCCUUCCCCCUCGCGGCCGGGCGGCCCCGGCCCGCGGCGGCGCUGACAGCCCGCCCGGAGCGCCGGGGGCGGCCGCGGCCACCAUGUCGUCCCCCAGCCCGGGCAAGAGGCGGAUGGACACCGACGUGGUCAAGCUGAUCGAGAGCAAACACGAGGUCACGAUCCUGGGAGGACUCAACGAAUUCGUCGUGAAGUUUUAUGGACCACAAGGAACACCUUAUGAAGGCGGAGUAUGGAAAGUUAGAGUCGACCUUCCUGAUAAAUAUCCUUUCAAAUCCCCAUCCAUAGGAUUCAUGAAUAAAAUCUUCCAUCCCAACAUUGACGAGGCGUCAGGAACUGUAUGUCUAGAUGUAAUCAAUCAAACCUGGACAGCUCUCUAUGAUCUCACCAACAUCUUCGAGUCGUUCCUGCCCCAGCUCCUGGCCUACCCCAACCCCAUCGACCCGCUCAACGGCGACGCCGCCGCCAUGUACCUGCACCGGCCCGAGGAGUACAAACAGAAAAUCAAAGAAUACAUCCAGAAAUAUGCAACAGAAGAAGCACUAAAGGAGCAGGAAGAAGGCACCGGGGACAGCUCCUCCGAGAGCUCCAUGUCCGACUUCUCGGAAGACGAGGCCCAGGACAUGGAAUUGUAGUGGAGGGGCCCUCCUGCUUUUCAGAGACACUCUAAUUUCCUAACCAUGAGAAGCAGACUAUAAUAUUCAUAUUUAAACAAAGCAAUUUUUUUUAUUACUAAACAAGGUUUUUAUGAAUUAUAGCAUUGAUAUAUAUAUAUAUAUCUCUCUCCACCCUGUAGGUCCCGAGGUCUCCUCCCCCUCCCCUGUCCCCGCUCGUGUCCCGAGGUGCGCUAGCGUAUCCCCACAUUCCAUGUUGGUAGCAAUAUGCCGGGAAUGCAGGAGUGCAGAUUCCACUUGUUGCUGCUGGACUGUCCCGGGACAGCUGGCCCUGGCUAGGGAGGGAAAGAGCAGCCAAAAGCCAGGCAGAACAAAAACCCCACAGAGAAACCAAACCGAACCAAACCCCGGGAUUUUCGCUUUCCGUGCGGCGUCUCCCGCCGGGACGCCCGUGUUUGGAACAGCCUCUGCCUCCCAGUCCCGAUCCCGGGGUGGGAGGAGCGAGUGGAGCGGGCAGAGGGAUGGAUGGAAGGGGCUCCUCCCAGGGGAACAGACGGAAGGAAGUGAAGGCACGGCCGGAGCUGCCCCAGCCUGGAGUGUUCGCUUGGAUCUCAUCCCUCCUUCCUGAGGAUUCCUCCCCGGACCGGCAGGACUGAGCUCUGCUGGAGCCCCUCUGGAAAACCUCUGGAUGUUGUGUCUUUCCCGGGAUUGCUGAGCUGCUCCCGCGCUGGGAGGGAAGAGCCCGCCGGAUGAUGCUCUUGGAACACUUGGAUUCUCCGGGAGCGCUUGGAAGCGGAGCCCUUCCCUGGGAUCGGAACCCGCUGCCCCGGAGCGGCUCCACGGUGGCUUUUUGGUUGCUUGGUUUAUUUUUGCCCUCCUCCUUUGUUGUUGGUUUUUUUUUCUUUGCUUGGAAUUUGGGUGAAACGCCUCCGAAACACCAGGAAUCUCCUGGGACCACACGGAUCAGCCUUCCAGGAGCUCCAGAUCCACAGGGAUUGUCCCACGGGCCGGAAUCCACCGAUCCAUCGGCACUGAUUUGAUUUGAUUUUUUUUUAUUUUUAUUUUUUUUCCCCCUUCUUUUCCUCCCUUUUUUUCCCCCCCCUUCCCCCUUUCUGCACCAGCUUGGUUCCCAUCUGCUUGUGUGUGUACAACUGGGAAUGAGGAAUUCCCUGAAGAGUUAAACAAAGGAAAAAUGAUCUGGAAAAAAACCACAAAACAAAAAAAAAACUUAAAAAAAAAAAAACCACACAAAAAAAAUCCACAAAAAAAAUUAAAAAAAAAAAUUGGAGAUGAAUAAAAAAAUGCCUAAAAAAAGCACCA